GCAGGUGCGCUGUGUAACCUGUAGCGUUUUCUUCAUACUCUUCGAGCGCGGUUCCGGGAUUUCUUAAGCGUUUUGUAAACACGUCAUACAAUUUCAGCAAGGUUAAAUCAUAUCAGGAACCGUUUCUUUUUUUUUAAUUGAAUCCUGAUGCAUCAGGAAAGCGUGGAACAUAUCUGGAUUAAACUGGCAAUUCAUUUUCAACACUUCGGCCUCUGUUGAUGUAGAAGAGAAUAAAAAGAAUUAAUCUUUAACACAAUGCCACAUCGCUCGUAUUGUGGGAGGCGCUAGAAUCUGCAACAGGUAACUUUUUUAAAAACUGUACACCUGACUGCCGCGCUCGCGCGAGAGACAUACAGGUUCUUGGUCUAGUUCAGUUUCGUCCAACACCAUGAAAUUUCCGGCCCUGCUUUUGGGUUUCGCUUUGGUCUGUUGCGUGAUCAUUGCUGGCUACAUCCACAGCAAGCGUAAGCAGGAGAUCCAUCUAAAUAAGCAGGCUUCCUUUCUCAAUAUUAAGUUCAGAGUUACCAGAGAUGUUCUGGGAGAGUAUCAAGAUCAGCUGUCUCAAUCCGCCGUGAUGUUGGAAAAGACUAAGAAAGAGGUGAAUGCUCUAACCAAAGAGCUGUCUGGAGUGAAAAGUUUAGUUGAAAAGAAAAUGAAAGAAGUAGAAACCUGUAAAGGAGACCAGAAACAAAUAUCAGAUGAUGUAGCUGCUACAGAGUCAGAGAAGAAAAGUGACCAGAAUGAGUUUAUCAGGGAGAGGCUCCUCUGGGCAGAUGAGGAAGCCACUCUUAAAAAGAAAGCAAUCGAGACUAGCAAACUGUGUGCUUACAUCGACAAAAACUCUGUGGAGGCCAGGAAAUUGUGUGGCAUGAGUGAACUGCCGAAACCAGAACAAAAAUCUAAUCUAACAGAAGCCAAACAACCUGAACCUCAAGAACCGAAAGUCGAACAGCCCAAACCUCAGGAACCAAAAGUCGAACAGCCCAAACCUCAAGAACCGAUAGUCAAACAGCCUAAAUCUCAGGAACCCGUUGAACAGCCCAAACCUCAAGAACCGAAAGUCGAACAGCCUAAACCUCAGGAACCAAAAGGCGAACAGCCUAAACCUCAGGAACCAAAAGUCGAACAGCCUAAACCUCAGGAACCAAAAGUUGAACAGCCCAAACCUCAGGAACCGAAAGUCGAACAGCCUAAACCUGAGGAACCGAAAGUCGAACAGCUUAAACCUCAGGAACCAAAAGUCGAACAGCCUAAACCUGAGGAACCAAAACCAGAACAGUCAAAACCAGAGGAACCAAAAGCUGAACCACCCAAACCUGAGGAACCAAAAGCUAAAGAACCUUAAGUAAACAUUUCACAAAGAAAGAUCAAGUGCAGCUGUUUCUGGAGAGAGAAAGACAGAGAGAAGCUAUGUCAGCUACUGGAGGAGAAUUGUUUACAAGGAUUAUUCAAACCUGAAGAUCUUGUCUGGGUUGAUCUCCAGCAUUCCACAAAUCUGAGAACUUUAAAUAGGAGGACACAUACUCUAACACUUAUACAGUAUGUACACACACACAGAGAGAGACUUAAAGACUGGACUGAUGAAUCAUCAAAUCCAUUGUACUUUUCUGUGUCAUAUCCAUGUUCUGUUUUUGUUUUUCAAAUAAAUGUCUGUUUAUGAGGAAUAUGGGAUGAUUUUGAUUUGAAGGUUUGGUGAUCUAAAUGGCUGCAUAGACACUUCACCAUUUUUUUACAAUCAUCUCUCCUCAUUAAUAAUCUUUAAUUCGUUAUUUUCAUUUUCUUAAUUGUGAUCUUGUCUGUGAAAUUCAGGCCGACGAAGUCAUAAAAUGGCUUACAAGGUAUGUAAUGAGUGUUUUUUGCUGUAAAUGAUAGUUUAUUUGAUGAUUUUAAUGAUGAUAGUUCGAUUUUUCAUUUGUUAAUGAUUUUAAAUAAUGAUUUAAUUGACACUGCAUUUUAUUCGUUUACCUAAAAAUACAGCACAUUUGCUUCCUAAACAGAUUCAAUAUUGGACAUGAAUAUGGUCAAUAUUCAAUAUAUCAUGAUUAUAUUUUCACAGAAUGUUCUUUACAUUAGAUACAAUUAAUUUAUUUUAAAAAAUCACAAAAAAGACUUCACAGGCAGGAUCACAAUAUUUUUUUCUAGUGAGUGUCAUUUUUAUGUUUAUGGAAGUAUGGCUGUGCAUAUGUGUUUUAAUCUUUUGUCUUUCUAUCUUGUGGUAUUGUAUGUGUCAUUAUGACCCUCCCUCUGGGCUUUGCCGCUUUAUGACAUGCUGUCAUGCAUACAUGUCUGUUUGUAUCGACUAAUGGGACAGCUUUGACCCUCUCACUGUUGCUCUUCAUCAUCCUCACUCUGAUACCCGGGUUACCAUAAUUAUGUAUGGUACUAAUGACAAGCAUAACCAAUCAGAAACUUCAAAGUAGCACGAAAAACUGUUACAAAGAUCUAACAGUUGCAUUACAGUGUUUUGCCUUUAAGAUUUUUGAAGUUGUAUGUUAUAAAAUACUGUGAUGUUUACUGUGGAAAUAAAUACAGUGGAUAGUUGGACUUUUUAUGACUGUUAAAUGAAGAUGUUAGCUCCAUAACUACAGUAGAUGUUAAAGACUGUUGCUUAGUUAUUUAAUCUUAAGUGAUACAAUUUUAGUUGAUACAGUGACUUAAAAACCCUUGUAGGUUAUUCAGCUAAACUGAUGGACAUGUAUAUUAACAUAAAGCAUUCAUGUUAUUUGUGAUAAUAAACCAGCAGUUAUAAAAUGCACAGCACCAACUUCUGACAAA